CUUGACGAAACACACGCGAUUCCGUGUACUACUGCUGCCUGUUUUCGCAUUAUUGCUAAAUAGAAGCAAUUUAAUUGAUUGGAAGACUAUUGGAUACGGCCUUUUUGGUCGUUGUGAAGUAAACACAAACCUUCAAAAUGAGGGAGUACAAGAUCGUGGUGCUGGGUUCCGGUGGUGUGGGCAAAUCGGCCCUAACGGUGCAAUUUGUACAGGGCAUUUUUGUCGAGAAGUAUGAUCCUACCAUCGAGGACUCAUACCGAAAGCAGGUGGAAGUCGAUGGACAGCAAUGCAUGCUGGAAAUCCUAGACACGGCGGGCACAGAGCAGUUCACGGCGAUGCGUGACCUCUACAUGAAGAAUGGCCAGGGUUUUGCUCUCGUCUACUCAAUCACUGCACAAUCGACCUUCAACGAUUUACAGGACCUUCGUGAGCAAAUUCUACGUGUCAAGGACACGGACGACGUGCCGAUGAUUCUGGUAGGCAACAAGUGCGACCUCGAGGACGAGCGGGUGGUGGGCAAGGAACUGGGGGCUAACCUAGCGCGACAGUUUAACAACUGCGCAUUCCUUGAGUCGUCCGCCAAGGCCAAAGUGAACGUGAACGAGAUCUUCUACGACCUCGUGCGCCAGAUCAAUCGGAAGAACCCCGAGCGAAAGCAAAAUCCUUCCAAGAAGCGCCACAAGUGCACCCUGUUCUAACUCCUUUUGUGCUGCUUGCUUCCCUUUUGAACCCUCAUUUACUUGACUCUUCACCGCUUCACGGCUUCCUUCCUCCUUCAAUCCUUCCGUUUUUACACUCUUAUCAGCAAUACCAUUAAGACUAUUAUUACCAUUUACAAUGAAUUAUUCUAUUAUAUAAUAAUUAUACAUAUUAAUACAACAGUAUAUGACAGGAAAACAGACAGAUACACACGUAAAAACAAACGCAUACACACACAGAUUUGCAAACAAAGUCCAUACAAUAUCAGUAAACACCAGCAACGACCGACAGAACUUUUUUCCGAUAGCGAAGCAAUGGAGGCAUCACAGUUAUUGAUGAUAAAGCAUUAUUAAAAUAAGAAUGAUGAUGUUAUUACUACUAAUAUUAUGACAAGCAUUAUCGAGUGUGACAACAGCCAAAAUUAGUAGAACAAAAAAACUGGCUAAAGCCAAACCGUUUCGGUAUAACAGUGACAACUUCUUGCAAAUAGAUAAAUGAUUCCACUAGGUAGGCUUGCUUCAAUGACAUACAAAAGCGACAAUGAUACCAGUUAGAGGCAGCAGAAGCAGCGGAGUAACAACUACCAAUAGGUGUUGGAAACGAAGGCAAACUGACCGAGCAUCCCACGAUUACAAAAAGAAGGAAUUAAUAUGGAAGUUGUGUAGUAGCUGUCGUCGGCGCUGGAUUUUUGUGAAAAUUCAAGGCUUCGUUGGGGCAAACGACUGAGAUAGUCGGAUCAUCGAACCUGCUUGUCCGACGAAAGGCUUUCGCCUGCAAGGGUAAGCGCAUGUAACGCACGAGCAGAAGCUACGAUUAAGAUGAUGGCCUGUCAGUAAGAAUUAAACAUGAUGGCUACACAAGUUUAAAAGUUUAGUUGUAGUGGAAAAAGAAGAAAAGAGCUUUUAUUUGACAAGGGGCCGUCGUCUGACUGCCAUUCGGCUGUUACUACUGCCAGCUGCGUUGGUUAGAUGUUGUUCAGAUGCGUACGAUACGGCGGCGUUACGACAUGCACGACGAUGUUAUUGAAUCAUGCAGGUAAAACAGCAGUAAUAACACUUAUUAUUGCUGCUGGUAGUAAGGUAACGGCAUAACUAUCAACGAUUAGCAGAAGAACUUGAUACGACUUGAUAGUGCCGUCUGCACAUAUAGCGGCCAUAGAGUGAAAGAAUGACCGUAAAAGUCUCUCUUUUGAAUGGCAUGAAAGGCAGACGACGAAGCAACUGGAAAAAUGCGCCAUGUGGCGCUGCUGUAGUAACAAUAAUGGCAAACUUUAAACAAACACACAAAUAUCUCUCCCCUCUCUCUUUCUCUCUCUCCAUAUAUAUAUAUAUAUAUAUAUAUAUAUAUAUAUAUAUUAAUAGAACAUGUCAAAUUAGCUGUGACGACAGAGAAAGCAAGACAGAACGAAAGCAAGCGAGAAAGAAUGAAUGAAAUAGAGAGAAAGCGAGUGAAAAACUUGAAAAUGGUGAGGAAAACGUCAUGACCCAUCAUCUCAUCCGCAUCCCGCAAUUUCAUGCACACGCAUGCAGCAAACAACUAUAAAAGGGAAAGCCUACAGCGACGAGUGUUGUGCAGAACGGUACAAUAUAUAUAUAUAUAUAUACAUAUAUAUAUAUAUAUAUAUAUAUAUAUAUAUAUGGGUAGAUAAAUAAGUUAGAACUGUUUUGACAAAGAUAGCGGAGCCGUCAAAUGCUAAAAAAAGGUGGACAGACAGAAAAACAUCAGAACGAAAAAUUUAUAGGUAUAGUAACAGACGCUGGAUAAUGACGGGGGUCACUACUUCACAAAAGAGCAUUUAGCUGCUCAUUCAACAACGACAGAGUCUUACGUCAACAGUAAUAGAAUGAUUGAAAAAGUUGCUGGAAGAAUCCGUCUGUUUAAGAUGACAUUAUUACAGAUGACGAACAUUAAAUGUUAAGAAAGGAACGAUGCAAGCCAUUUUGAUCAACGUUACAUCGUCACCUCCUACUUUGUUUUAUUGCUUCGAUAAUAUUGCUUGGUCAAAUUUCAUCAUAAAACAGAAAGAAACUUUUAUAAAAUGAUAAUUUCGGAUGAAGAAUAUAGCCCAACUUUGUUGUUUAUCUUAUCAGACGAAAAAGGAUCGUAAUAACAACCAUAAUAAUCAAUAAGGAUGAGUUAAUGACAUGUUUGUCGUCAUCUUUGAUGAGGGAUAAAUGCGUGAUUGAUGACAAAAAAUCAAUUUUUACUUUGCGACUUCAAUCCCAAUGACGAUUGGGUACGUGUAACCAAUAAUAACGCAAGGCGUCGGAACUAAAGAUGAUUAUAAGGUGGACCUAGGGUAAGCGAUGUAAGAAAACAAAAAAGAACCAAAUUUCCAACUCAUCAUAACUGUUUGAAAUAAAGAAGAUAUUGGAAAAAGAUGAAUUCGUCUACGUUUUUGAUAAGGCAUAAUACUUGACGGUAGUAACUGAGGAUAGAAAUAUCAGACCACACGAGUGAAUCGACAACAGGUGACGCCUGUUGCGAUGGCAACACAACUCGCACUCGAUGCUCUACCAAAAUGACAAGCAAUCACCGGCUCGUCACUUACCAACGGUUGGCAGAUAAGCCAACUAAGAUAAGAAGAGAUAUUACUAGUUCAACCAGCCGCAUGCUAGCCAGACUGGGCAUGGACCAACGUGCACGUACAGCACGUUUACAGAGGUUGUUCGACACCUGCGUGUCACUUCGCCCUCAAUCUGCUUCCGAUUCAUCCUGAUUCAAUACGGCUUCGCAAGUGUGUGAUGUUAGGCAGUGCCUGCCGUUUCGUUCUAUUGUUGAAUGAGCAGAUCAGCAACUAUUCAAUCAAUGUGAUAAGGUUAAUGGUAAUAAAGAUGACCCCCCAACGGUAGCAACGACCAUCGAAUGAUCCAGUUCCUACUAAUGCAGAUAGUAACUCCGCUAUAAUAACCAUAUUUUCAUUAGUAGCAAUGCCCAUACAAUUGUCAUACGUCAUGCAAUACGUAUAGGCAGUUGGCUAAAUAAACUGUCUUAAAUAAUAAACAUUUCACAUUUUGUACGAUCACUACGUUAACUACUGUUAACUGUUGAUGGGAUUACCGGUACGUGGCAAAAUAUGUAUACGGAAGAUUUUCUACGUCGACCCGAGGGUAGAGCUGGGUGAAUAUAUCUGUGCCAAUUGGGUUGUUGAGGGUAAUCAGCUAGUGUAUUUUUUUUCUUCUCUUUGAAACCAGCGCCUUUUUCAUCUUUUUCGAUAUUGUAUUUGAAUUGUAUUGUCUAUCGCUCGCCGGGUAGCUGUAUAUAAUUGUUUCGCUUGCCUAUCAGAUGCUGUUCCGAUGAAAAUUCGCUAACAAACAAACAAACAAACCUUGUUGUUCCGAACGAAAGUUCGUGUGGUGUUUGGCCAGUAAGAUCCGGACCAACCAAUUUCUUCUGUGCUCUUACUAGAGACAGUAAGCUUAGGUGAGUGUAUGCUUCCGUGACAAAAACGGUUCACGCCAAUCAUACUACUUCAUCGUACGUGUGUCUGUCUGUCUAUAUACGUAAAUGCGCUAUCGACGGGUACAGAUCAGCUUUGUACCGCGAUAAGCUUGUAUGGUUCGAUGCAUAUUAAAAUCGAUCUUGAAAAAAAAUAGUAGCUGCGAUAUUAUCAACGCAAUAAAUGACUUCCUGUCCACUUUAUGAAAGCGCACUCGUACCAGCGGAAGGUGAAUCGAGAAGUCCUAUUUUCCACUGCGAACCGUUCGUUUUUUUCAUCUUCCUUACCCCCAACUUUCUCUGUCUAUACAUAAAUGAUGACAAACAUCUAUCUAUACACAUAUAUAAUUGUUACAACUAUUACCCUGAGAGCAGAACGAAAAAUCUUCGUCGUCAGUGCUGUCAUGUUAAACCUUUACUUUAGUUCGUCGACAUGUUAUUAUAGAAAAGAUGAAACGACUAGUAAUCAAAAGUACAUUUUCAUCAUUAUUGUCAACCUGCACUGACAUAGGCUGUUCAUAAGCUUCUUCUAUUUUGUGCCUGUUUACUCACGAAUUUACGCUUUCUACAAGUAUUAGUAUUGCUUGAGCAAGACAUGGCUGUUACACGUGACACAAAGGCAACAACAGUAUGAACAUCUGAAUGAAAACGCUCGUAGACAAAUUACCACCUAUAGAAAACUGUUAAAUGCGGAUCUCCAAUAAUGAGCAAACUUAAGAUAAUGCAUGUCUGCCCAAGUCGUCAUUCCUAGAAUGUUUCGUUCCACUUCCUUAAGGUCGCUGCGCACCGUUUGUACUAGUCACAAUUUGCUGAACUUCAUUGGCGCCUUUCUUGACGGCCGGCUCAAAAAAACAAGACGUUAUAUAAGUCGCGAAGGGGUCGCUGUUAAUUGAGGAUAUCAGGAGGAAGGCAUCGUUUGCGGCAAAAGGGAUUGACUCAAAAUUAUUAACUUGUUGAUUUCCUAGGUUGGCCCCUACCCCCGUCACCGCACUCCUCGGCCAGUCGCAGCACUCGACCUCUUGACAAGUGCCGUACCUUUUGCUGCUUCACAGGGCGAACAUAGCAAGCCCAAGACCCAAUACAUUAGCUAAUGCAAAAAAUAGAAAACCGAUCUUCAGGCCCGACAUUCAGGGAAUUCAUAAGUAACAUUUCGGUAUCGGGAAGGAAAGCUCAGCUGUACGUACAACACGUCCUCAUCAUGUCAUCAAAAACUGAACGCUUUAAGAUUUUAUCAAAGACGAUGACGUUCAACUGAGAGACAUUACUCAGGACGGCUGGUACAACAAACGUUAUCUGUCUCUGAUCCUGUAUAACAGAAGAAAACGGUGCACGGCUCAAUAUCGACGGCAAAAUGAAAGACGGAAAAUGGGUCUGCUAUUGAUCGCGAAAACACAGCUGCACAGAGUCGUCACACAGACAAUUCAGCGCUUCAUGCAUUAGACCGCCAUGUUGUCCGCCUCGCUUCAUCGAUUAUAAUAAUCGUACAAGCAAAACUGUAUGAACCUAUGCUCACCUACUCAUAGCGUAUGCUGAAGCACAUAAGUGUAGUAUUGGCUGCCGGCAGAAGACAACUUGUGAACGAUAUAACGUGGACAAUUGAAAUCAGAAAAUUAUCACGUGGCUGUUCCAUACGUCAGUCAAUCGCAUCAGCGGACCGAAAAUUUUAGUAGAUCUGUAAGCACUAAUCUUCUCUUCCUGAAAAGUACAAUCAUCUAUUUUUGAUCCGAGAGUUCAGGAUCUGCAACGUCGCCAUCAUUUACGAGAUCAGUCCGCAUUGAUGCUCAUCCAUCGACAUUUUUGUCCUACCCAGCCCAAUCGCCAACAAACAACAGAAGCAAGCUUAAGCCACUGAUAUUCAUUGAUAUUGGGAGAAGCGUUCAGUACUGAAACCAACCGCUAUUCCCUAACAUCGAGUGAGCACCAACGUCAUUCUCAUAUGGAUAAUUGAAAACGUUCAUUAGUUCGAUGAAGUUGAGAAGGAUAGCGUCGACUUUACUUCGCAGAGAGAACAUAUAAAUAAGCUCAAACGUUAUCUAUGGUUAGAGGUCUAUAGGGGUUCAGUGUCUGUCAAUAUCGACAUGUGUUAAGGGUGUUCUGCAAGAAUCGCCAACUUGAAGUUUUCUAGGGUGAUUGGCACAAGUCGAGCAGAUAAAUGUAUACAUGCACACAAACAAAAGAAAGACCACGACGAAACAUUAAAUCAAAGGGAGACGGACAAGACUGGAAAUGUUUGCUAAGCAGAUUAGAUGCUCCUUUAGAUAAGGGCUCCGACAAAAUAUUACUAGUGGGAUUGAUCUUGGCCGUCUCUUCCUUUGGCGACAGAAUCUUCCUAGCCAUGAUGAACGCAAAGACUUUCGUAAAAAGACGCGUCUUGGGAAGAAGAUAUGGGGAAAGACAGACAGAGAAAAACGUCAUGUUCUAACAAUAAACAGGUAACGGAUACCUGCUAAUAAUAAUGGUACAUACAAUAGCUGGAAGCUGGCCAACUCUGGCAUCGAGAUAAUGUAGAGAUAGAAAUAAUAUAAUAACAACAACAAGAGUGCGAUGGAGGAGUCGUACUGCCUCAUCGAUCGAUAUUCCGUAACACAGCGAACACAGUAAUCUUAACGGUAACUUUCUAAUAUUGAUUAAUGAUAAUGAAAAUGAAUAAUGGAAAUAAAUAAGGUUAUGUGACUAUUUAAAGGUGAUUCUUAUCAGUGUUACUGAGAUAAUUAAAUGAAGACAUGUGAAAACCGUUAUAUAUAUAUAUAUAUAUUAAGCAAAUUUACAUAGAGAAGUCAGGGCGGGAAUUCACGAUCUUGCAAACCCUCUCGAACAAGCACGCUUUUUAGUUGCUACAUAACACGUUCACUAAAACUACUACUACUACUACUACUACUACAUCUAAUAGUAAUCGUUUUUAUUGUUAUAAUAACAACUUUGAAACAAUGAAGACAAACAUCCAAGCGUUGAUUAGUGGCUAUCGUGAACAGUCUGAAUGAAAACCUCUGGUAAAAAAGGUGGCUGGCUGCAAGCGAGCGACAAAGCGUGCAUGAAAAUGGACGGGCAGAAUGUGAGGCACACCUUACUUUUCCUAAAAGACACUAUAGGCCACUCAGCCCUACUUUUUUUUUUUUUUUUUUUCGGAAAAAGAAAUCAGUAUCAGUAUCAGCGCAUUCUGCUCUGGACGAAGUGAUUUUGUCGGUGACGCAGGUUUCGUUAUCAUAGCAUAAAGAAGUAAGCUUCUUUCGAUCUGCACUAGUCAAUAAUCAUAAUGAUAUUAAUGGCAUAAAUGCCAUUUAUCUAAGGCAGAAAACUGCAGUGUCCGAAGUGAAGCCGUAAAACAAUAUCGAUCUUCUUUUUUUGGGCGUUUGAAAAUUUCACGUAGUCACGCAUACAGCGGUGCACCGAAUGUCACUUGAAGAAAUUCUGAGACCUGAAUAAAAAACCUGAAUUCGAGUAAUAUGUGAUGACUGCAAAAAAAAAAAACAUGAUUGUGUGCGUAUUCUAUCACCUGUCGCCUAAGAACAGCAACAUGAUAAACAUUACACGAUGAAUCAUUCUUAGUAAUUUUCAAACAAUGAAAAUCUCUCCGACUUCAAUGACCUAUUUUUCCUCUGGUAGGCUUGCUAUUCAUUCACGUUUGAACAGGCGACACAAAUCGACAAAAUCGAGCUCAAGCUACGUCUAUGAAUCGAGGGCAAUAGAGAAUGGGACCGUGGCAAAACGAGUAGGAGAAUCUUUCGUAAAACGAAAAGCAUCGUAUUAAUGCACACACACCAAUGUUAUACUAAAAAAAAACUUGUGCGGGCAACACUUCCUCCAAUAUCGAAACUGGGAGUCAUCUCGUUCGGUUUAAGUUCGAGCCCGUUACGUUUACUCUUCGUUGCUCUGCGCGAACAGAUCCGCCUAGAUUGGGUCGGAAUUCAUUGCCACGCCUGACCUCCGAGUCGAAACAGUGAUUGUAACUUCGCCCGCAGUCAUAAAUCAUAUAUAGCUAGUAACUAAUAAAUAAUAGUAACGUCUAUGGAUAAGUUCGUCAACUCAAAUAAAGCCACACGCAUUACGGAGUUUCCCACCCACAUUGGCAGCAGUAUUAAUAGACCCAUAGCCCUAUUUACUGAAACAAUGAACAGCGUACUAAUAACUUAUCAAUCUUCAACAUUUUCGACGGUGACCGAAGCAAACAGUUAGGGAACAAAGUCUUUCUUCCGCCGAAAAGUCGAACUUCUUAGCGUCUACCACCUCAGCGUUGACAAGAGAGCAAUUCUUUCUUUUGUACGCUAAGCUAAAAUAAGUAUGGCAGUAUAAAUCGUUAAUGUACUACCAUGAUUGAGCAGAUGCUGGAAGAUCGUAAAGAAAAUAAUCAUGAGUGACGGCAAUAACCACAAUAAUAUAAAUCGCACGUUUUUUUUUCUCACAUGAACGCAAUAGAUAUGCAAUUAAACUGUGGCUGGACAGGCACAUACAUGCAUCCACAUAGAAAGCUAUA